GGUGGCGGAAAAUGGUUUCCCGUGGGUUUUGGAGGGGCUGGGGUAUGAAGGGGCAGUGACAACCCCACUUUACUACUACUCACAAAUCCAUCAUACAACCCCGACGUGACAACGAUACUUCAAUUAAUUCCAGGGAUUUGGAUCGGAGUUCGGUAACAGCUUAGUAAGACUAAGUAUGUAUAUUGUAAAUAGAAUGACAAUCCUUCAAAGCCGCACAAUUACAUAAGUCAUGUUCAGUCGUCGUUCAGAUCGGUAAACACCAGUGCCCUUUUUAUCUUGGUAUACAAGGUGGAACCGAAGACAUCUCCACAUCCCUGCUUGUGAUUUCAGACUAAGUACCGAACAUGAGACUGAAGGUUGUUUACAUUACCAGAGCAUGCGUAUGUAUGGUAGUUUUCCUGCUAUUGAAUAGUUUCAAUUAUGAGAAAGAAAGCCAACCUACUACUGCACCAGACCAACAAAAUGACACCGCAGUGGUAAAUGUCUCAGAAAUAUAUGAUGCAAUGGACCGUGUAUUUGUAGAGGCGUCGGUACUGAAAGGCUAUCUCGUUUAUAAUUGUGACGACCAACAUCUGGGCUACUGUGGAGGGUGGUCGGACCGGAUGUCGGGCAUGUUUAGUGCCUACGUCAUUUCCGUGAUAUUACGUAAACAUUUCCUCAUACAAUAUACACGAUCAAGUAAUUUGACAGAUUAUCUAAUUCCAAAUACUUUUGACUGGAGAUACAACUCGUCCAUACUAACAGGGAAGUCGUCCGACUAUCACGAUUUAGUCAACAAAGCUCCAAAUGUUAUCACGACGGCGGACAUAAAAGGACUUCAGAAAAUGUUUUCGAAGGACGUCAAUUUUGUACGUAUUAACUGGGACUACACUCUUCACUUUAGAAGGUUCCCAGGUUUACAUAAUCUUAUUCCAUGGCUGUUUGAAUUGCAUUUUGCCGACAUUUAUUUGAAAUUUUUCCACACCCUUUUCAAACCUACGAAAAUUAUCAGUGAAACAGUAAAUAAAGUUGUACAACAUGUUCCAAAACUUGCAUGCGCUCAUAUCCGUAUGGGCGGAAGUGAAACGAUAAUAGGGGAUAAUAAACAAACAGACGAGAGACAGCUGAAAUACAUCUGGAACCUUCUAAUGACAAUGAAAAAUGAAAGCUAUCACAUAUUCCUAGCGACAGACGCGGAAUAUGUGCGGGACAGAGCCAAGGCGUUGUUCAAACACAUCCUGGAAGCUGAUGGACGAAUCCUGCACGUGGACUGGGGCGCCAAAGGGGAAGGUUUGGUUGGUGGUUACAGAAAAGUUGUCGUGGACUUCUUAGUUCUCACGAAAUGUGAUGUUUUAGUGUUAACGAAAAGUGGAUUCGGAAUAAUGUCCUCCUAUCUCAACACCAAGGUUUCCGACCAGUACUGUCUAACAAUACACGGGGUGGUCGUGCCAUGUUCCCGAUACAAUGUUCAUAGUUACUUUCCGGGAGACAUACUCUCGCCAAUCUAGUAAAAUGGACGUUUGUCAUGAAUUAGGAUUAUAUUCUGGUAUAAUGACAUUAAAGCUAAUUAAUCUGUUCUUUAUUGAUGAAUUUCUGUCCAGUAAUUAAUGGAAUCAUAUAACUUAUAUAUCCUUAAAGGAAUAUCCGAAUUACAAUGUAACGCUAUAGUAUAGAAUUAGCGAUACUUGGUCUUAUUAACCCAACAAAGAAAUAUCGACCGAGGUAGUAUUUUUUCAUAUCUUCAAAUAAACGAAUAAUUAUUAUGAG